GCGACGGCUGGCGGGCGGCGGCGGCGGCGGUCAGCCCCCUUUUCCUCUGGACUCAGCAGCAGCGUCCGCCGGGCGAGCGAGAAGGGAGCCAAGGGGCCGCCCGGCGAGCCAUGUCGCUCAGCCCCAAGCACACGACGCCCUUCUCCGUCUCCGACAUCCUCAGCCCCAUGGAGGAGACCUACAAGAAGUUCGCCGCCAUGGAGAGCAGCCUGGGCGCCCCUUUGGGCGUGGGCGCCGCCGCCUACCGGCAGCCCCCGAGCUCAGCCCUCCAACCUCAGCAGCAGCACCCCAUGGCUGGCCACAACGCGGCCGCCUACCACCCCAUGGCGCACGCGGGGGUCUCGCAGUUUGCCCAUGGCCCUGUGGCGGGCUACUGCAACGGCGGACUGGGCAACGUGGGCGACCUGGCGCCUUAUCCGGACAGCGUGCGUAGUAGCGCAGCCGCCUCCGGCUGGUACGGAGCCAACGCGGAUCCUCGUUACCCCACGAUUUCCAGGCUGAUGGGCCCGUCGGGGGGCAUGAACAUGGCCGGCAUGGGGGCUCUGUCGGGCAUCGCGGAGGCGGCCAAGUCCAUGGCCCCCGGGCUUCACGCCGCACCGCGGAGGAAGAGGAGGGUGCUGUUCUCGCAAGCGCAGGUCUACGAGCUGGAGAGGCGCUUCAAGCAGCAGAAGUACUUGUCGGCCCCCGAGAGGGAGCACCUGGCCAGCCUCAUCCACCUCACGCCCACCCAGGUCAAGAUCUGGUUCCAGAACCACCGCUACAAGAUGAAGCGACAAGCCAAGGACAAGGCCGCGCAGCAGCUCCAACCGCAGCAGCCCGAAGGCCCCAGCCUGUGCCAGCCGCCGCCGCUGCCACAGCCCCAAGCGGCGUCUCCGAGGCGCGUAGCCGUGCCCGUCUUGGUCAAGGACGGCAAGCCCUGCCCGCACAGCGCCGCCGCCGCCGGCCAGCCCGCCAGCCAAGCCCCCGCCGCCAGUGCCAGCGGGGCGGGGGGCAACUCUGCUCAGCACCAGCACCCUCAGCAGCAGCAAGUGACCACCCUGAGCCAGGCGCCGGAUCUGGAGGAGAUGUCCCCGAGUCCGCCUUCUCUGCACAACCAAGUGGGCGCCCUGGCGCAGAUGGACGCGGCCGCCGUCGAUUAUAACGGCGGCAUGGUCAACGCCAGCUUGCUCUAUGGCCGGACAUGGUAGUAUGCCCCCGCGGAACCGAACCGCCCCCUUGCUCUUUCUGCCCCGACCCCCGCAAGAGGUGGCCGCUUCUGGGACUGCAGCGCCCCUCUCCUGUUCGUCCUGGGUCCGCCCAUGGCUAAAACCUCCGACAGCA